GCCCGGCCCCGUCUUCUCCCAGCCGCGCUCGCACCACCCGCCCGGCGGCUUCGCGGCGCUCUAUGCCCGCCAGCUCGACUCGAGCAGCAGCGGCAGCGGUGCCCAGCGCGAGCUGAUCAAGCGCCAGUCGGGGUGAGUCUGCCGCUCGGCUGCCGCGGGUGAUGGCGAACGAGGGUGCCUCAGGGGAAGCACUUUGCGGGCGGGCCGCACAGCCGCGCGCAGGAGGCACGCACACGGCGCCGACGCUCGCCCAUGGCACGCUCCCUGUCUGUGCUGCGCCGGCGCCUCGCUCCUGUGCACCACUUUCCGAUGCCCAGCAGUGCAAGGGUGCUGACCGCACGGCCUGGGCCGCGGGCGCACGAACAAAAGGCUGGCCUUCGCUGGUCGAGUCAGCUCUCCAGUCCGCACUUCUUGCGCUUGCACUGACUCGCACACCUCUCGCACCUCCACCCUGCCCUACCUGACCUGUCUACCAUGAACGCACCUACCUUUGACAUCGGUGACGCUUUCACCCCGGUCAGCUCCACGACGAGCGGCAGCGGCACCUCGGGCGGCAGCGGCAGCUCCAACAACGCCGACACGACGAGCGCCGCGCCGGCCAACACCACCACCACGCGCUCGACGACCAGCCAGGCCCAGCCUACCACCACCACGACGCAGCAGCAGCAAGAGACGACGCAGCAGCCUACGACGACGGCGCAGGCGCCCGCCGAGACCACCACGUCCACACGUCCCGCCAGCGAGACCACCACGGCGGCGCCUCAAGAGACGACGAGCGCGGCGCCGCAGUCCAGUGCCGCGCAGCAGAGCAACACGCUCGCCAGCACGCCGUCGACGACACUGGCCACGCUCACGAGCACCGACGCGGGCGGCUCAGUCGUCGUCGUCACUAGCACGCUCGCAGCGUCGGCCGCGAGCACUGCCGGCUCGGCGGACAGCGGCUCGAGCGUCAACAUCGGCGCCAUCAUCGGCGGCAUCGCGGGUGGUCUCGCAGGCCUGAUCAUCCUGACCUACCUUAUCCUUCUGCCGAUCCGCAAGCGCGCCGCCAAGCGCCGCCAGGUUGAGUGGCUCGCCUUCGAGGCCGGUCACCACACGCCCGACGAGAACUCUGCCGAGGCCGUCUACGGCCGUGGCGACUCGGCGACGUCGGCGACGGACCACCAGAGCGGCACGACGCACGGGCGCAAGGACAGCGAUCUCGGCGCGUACGCCAUGAGCGACGUUGGCGGCCCGGCCGCCUCGUCGGCCGGUAUGCACGGCAACAUGUAUGCUCACCUCGACUCGGCGGGCAGCGGCACGUGGGCCGGCGGUGCUGGCGCGGCGUACGACCCGGCUGCGGCGCACCAGCAGCAGCAGCAGUGGUACGACCAGAACGCACCGCAGCACCAGCAGCACGCAUGGAGCGAGCAGGACCGCGCCGCGUACGAGGCGCAGCAGGCGCACCAGACCAACUACGAGAUGUACCAGGCGCAGCAGCAGCAGCGAUACGGCGCGCAGCAGGCACCGCACGGCGCCUACGCCGAUGCCUACGCUGCCGACGGCUACGCGCCCUACGAGGCCGCACAGACGUCGUCGCCGCCGCUGCCGAGCGCCGGCGCCCAGUCGCCGCAGCUGCACCACGCUGCAAGCACGGCGUCGCACUACCAGCAGCGCUGAGCGUCGCAGCCAGCAGCGCGCCGGCUUCGCAGACGACUUCUCCCGUCGCCGUCCCUCCACGUCACCCAUACGUGCUCAGCGCCUGUCCGGCACAGGCGGAGCAGCACCCUCGUUCCCGCUAGACCCCAGCAAGCACACUAGACAGAUCCCUUCACAGUCUCGACCUGCAGUCAUCGCACUUACCCACUCACACACAUCCCUUUCUGGCCCAUCGAUCACCACGUUACCGUCCCUUGAAUCGCCAGCCUGCUUCGAUGCGGACGUGUGGAUCGUGACGGAGACAUCUAUUGCGGCGCGUGCUCCAUGCGUGCGGGUACUUGCCGGUACUCCUCUAGCCAGUUCCACUCCUCAUCCUCGCUGCCCCGGCCCUCGGCGCGCACCGGCCCCGUGCCGCCGGCAAACUUGCUGCCCGCCCAGAACGUGAGCGUGAAG